AUGGACACCAAAACGCGACUGCGCAAGGCUUGUGAUGCCUGCAGCAUUCGCAAAUGCGACGUGAGUGGACCGCCUUGUCGGUCCUGCGCCGGCUUGGACAUCCCCUGCACCUACGACAGACCAAGUCGACGGCGGGGACCGCCCAAUCGCCAUGCCGAGGCACUCAAGAAACAGAAAGUGGAUGAUCAUCCGUCGCCGCUAAGCCCACAACCCGUGGCUAGUCCACCAACUCCUCUUAAUCUUCAAAACACGCCGUUCCCAACUUCGGCAGAGUCAAUAUGCUCCCUGCACACGGUGCAACUGCUGCUGGAUGACUUCUUCACGUUCAUCCAUCCCCUGGUUCCCAUUCCGCAUGAGCCGACCUUUCGCGCUGCGUUCGGGCGCCGAGAAGAUGUGACCAAUCGUACGUUCUUGGCUCUUCUGGCCUCGAUGAUCGGUUUCCUGGUGGCUUCUUUUCCCCGACGCCCCAAACUCCGUCUCAAUACUGAGGCCGAGAGGUCUGCUUUCCCCAACUCGGUGACCUUGGUCAAACGAUGUCAUGAUGUCGCCAUCCAGGCAAGAGGGACGGGCUAUCUAGACCGCAAUGUGACGGUCUACGAUGCUGCUAUCAGCUACUUCCUGGGCGUCUGUGCCGGCUACGUUCACAGCAUGCGCCGGUGUCGUCUGUAUCUCGCUGAAUGCCGGUCUAUGCUCCAAGUUUAUGAUCUGUGCCGAACGUCAUCUGGAAGUCUGACCAGUACGAUCUCGUCACCCUCAGCGAUAACAGAUCAACAUAGUUUUGGGUUUGACCAACCCGUCGACUUGAUCACCCAAGAGCUCAGUCGUCGUCUUUUUUAUGUUGUUCUUGUCGGAUACCACUCUCUCCACCAGUUUGGAUCUGCGAACGUCAAACUCCACAUUCCGCCAGAAACACCGACAGCUAGCUAUCCGCCCCUCCCACUGGAGAUCGAUGAUGAAUUCUUGUUUCCAACACAUAUGGAACCACAACCAUCCGACAGAGUCUCGCGGCUUGUUGGGUUCAACGCUAAUGUACGGGUAUACAGCUCCUACAACGCUCUGUUGGCCUGGGAAGUCGCCUUUGGCAGCGGACAAGUCUUCGAUUGGGAGCGCCAACGCUCUACCAUCUGGGACGGUCUCCAGAAAGCCAGAUCUGCGCUUCUCGAUGUUCCUGCCGAGUUAUCCCUCCACUAUCCGAAAAAGACCCCCGCUGGAAUGUCGGGCAUGAGCCAUGAUGGCACGAUGUAUAGUUACUCGGAGGACCACAUCGACCAAGAACGGCGCGGCAUCCAGUAUGAGAUCCAGAAAGCCAAUAUAUACGCUAGUCAGCUGUGUACGCGGUCAUAUCUGGUUGAUAAGUACUGGAAUCUGUUCGAGGCGUUCUCGAAAUACGAAGCCUUGCGGAAUGAACAACAGACCACCCCGAAUGCCACGCCGGGGGUCAGGAUUGAGGGUGUUGCCGCAGAUCUGCCAGAUACAAACGCCCGGGCACAGGCUCAUGCUCGGACGGAUUAUAUCGGGCGCAUGAUGGCUGAGGAGCGCAAGCUCGUGAUCAAGGACCUCUUCAUGCUCGUGCAGACCGUCAACGAAGUCAACAUGGAGCCGAACGGCGCCAGCAUAACGACUAAAAUCCGCCAAGUAGCAUCAACACUCCUGAACCACACAGCCCCAACACCCCCCACAAACCCAUCCUCAAUUACAGACAUCCCUCCCACAUCGACAUCAAAUCAUACAUCCAGCACAGCAGCACCGUUAUCAACACCAGAAACCACAACCUCAACGCCAGGCCCACACGUCCUCACCGCCGCAGAGGCGCAAUCCUACCUUCACGCCUUCAUUGACACCCUCGUCCGACUAGAAUGCCACUCUGCCGUCGCUGCAAAUACAGCGGGAAACAAUGCAAACAGCGACACGAGCCCGCAGAUGAAUGGUCGUGCUAUGAGCUACGGUAGUGAUUAUGAGCGUGACCAGGAGGAGCUGAGUCAGUGGGCUAGUUUGAAGGUCUAUCAGCGGAAGUUUGCAGAGGCUGGGGGUGUUCUUUCGGAGUUAUAA